ACAUCUCCCAUCGAUGUCGUAUUACUCAAAGCCCUUGUACAAUAUGCAAUCUUCAGCGAUCCAUAUGAAUGCAAUACUUACGUCAAAACACCCUUGCAACCUUGGGACGUUCGUCUGUCAGGUCAGGUCAGAUCACUUCAAAGCCCGAAAUGACUUCCGUGCAUGGUUGUGGUAGAAGCUGGACUGUGGCGAUUGGGGCCAAUGAUUCUAUAUUGUGCUAGGCUACGCGACAUGAGGUCUCCAUGAAUAUGUUAGGGUCUCCCUAGCCGUGGCUACCAGCAACGACACGCCCCACGCUGCUUGGACGCUCGACCACAUGUGGAACCAAACAUCCGCCAAGAGCUAUCUCUAAUGUGGCGCGACCCUCAUAGAAGCAGAAGCUUACGGUCAUAUGUGCAAGCUUAUAGUUCAUAGACCUGCAGAAGUAAGGUACAGGCUCGGGCUGUGUCAACUUUUCUAUCGGCGAAACUUCCGGGCCUCAUUGUCUCCACGUGCCGACCCUGGAGUCAAGACGCAUUGCAGAGGCAUGGCUAACCCUGCGCACUCAUAAUAUCGUCCGGCACGAGCUGAUACCCUAUCGAUACCCAUUCGCUUCCCCCCAUCUGCCUUGACGGUGGACGACAUGUCGUCGGUCUUCAGCCCUACCACAGCGCUUUCGCCGGCUACCGAGGCCAACUACGCCAAUGCGCUUCCCCAAUACGGCUUCGGACCUCAAGUAACUUUCGACGGGCUGGUCUCGGGCAACCCCUUCCUCUUCCGAGUCUACACCCCGCACGGGCAUCCCCCACAGUACGAGAGCUCUGACCCAUACUUCGUCGGUGCAAAAUAUGACGACGCCUUCGCGUCGGCGACCUUCCGCUCUAGGGGCCCAGAACCAACAUCUUCGCGCACAUCCGCCGCUUGUACGUAUGCGGACGUUAUCCAGCACCUCGAUUGGACGCGGCGCUCCGAGUCGCCGUACAUCUCGACGUCGUUCAGCUUCGCGUGGGCGAUCUGGGAGGCUAUAAGGCGCUACCACAACGGGGUGAAGCACGAUGUCGAGAUUGCGGUUAUCGACGCUAGAGCCAUAGCAGACCAUGCGAUCACGGCUGUGGAACUGCUCAUGAAAGCGAGCCCCAAAGAACGACACCGGGACCACUGGAAGUGGUACCGUUACGCCCUUGAAUCUCAGGAUGUGCUCGUUUGGGGUCAUAUCCCAGGGGACGCCGUUCUUGCCUCUAUCCCCCUCCUUCAAAUCCUCGGCAAACUCCCCUCGUACUUCCUCUACCACGAUAUCGCCGACGCGAAAGACUCGCCCCUCUUCAAACUCGGCUGGGACUUCACAAAGAAGAAGCCGAGCUACCGCCAAUUUUGCCAGGCCAUCACGGACCGCUUCAUGCAGAUGUCUGUCGACCGCAGGCUGCGGGACACGACCGCGGGUUCGGUGCGUCUCGCGCUGGCGCUACUCCGGCCGCACUUCCACCAGCACAUCUCGGACGAUUUCACGACCGCGACGCAGCGCGUCUUCGAGCUCUCGUACGUGAUCGCGCAGUGGCCGGGCCAGUGGUGGACGCGCGAGCACCCCGAGAUCCCCGACCUCGUGCGGUGCGUCGUGCACAUGAUCGGCGAGGAGAUGCGCGAGGCGCGCCGCGUGCAGGCGCUCGCGGACGCGACGAAGAUGCAGGACAUCGUCGGCGGGCUCGAGCAGCUCGCGCAGGCGCACGAGGCGCGCGGCAGCCGCGACGGCAGCCGCCCCCCGCGCAAGGUUCUCGCGAACAUCAGCCUCUCGCCGCUCCCGUCCCCCUCGCCCACCCUUCCUCCCUCGCCCGCGUCGAGCGAUCUCAAGCGCCAUUUCCGGCUCGGAUCUGUGGAUAUUAUUACCGAUGACAUGCGCGAGGCGAAAGGCACCCAGACGGAUGCGGAGUUGCCGCGAGAGGAGGUAGUGGUCCCCCAGGAGCGCGCCGAAGAACUGCCGAGACCGGCCCCGAAGGCCUCGCCUCCUUUCGUACAAGCGACAUAUACACAUCGAGCGAUGGAUGCCUUCGCACGGACGACGUCUUGCUUCCUGACCGGGCUGCUCGUUGGCUCCUUCAUCACACUAUGCGUCCUGGCGCCAGACAGGCGUCCAAUUAUGCAUCAUUUGACAUGAUGACUUCCCUUCGUUCCCUUCUUGGUCUCUGCCAAGGACCGACCAAAAAUCAUCCACACAUUUCUCUAGGGUUAUAGCGUGAUUAAAUAUUGGGUAUUUAUCCUCGACCGUAGUCGACUAUAGUCCCGACUCCGUCCAAAUCGCAUGUAUACCAGUUCUGUAUCGUUGCCCCAUGUAAUCUAGGCCUAUGGUGCUAUGUAGACAAGCUGUAUAACGAUUUGCUAUUCUGUACAACACAUACCCUGCAAGGCCAAUAUCAGGUGUCUAUUUUUUUUCAUCUCAGCUUCACAUUCUUUGCAUGAUGGGUUACUCUCUGCCGACUAGUAAAGCUUAGCAAAUAUCAUCUCGGUAUAUUUAUCCAUUUAGUCACUAUCAUACAUGUCUCGAUAGUACGUGCCACCGGGAAUAUCCUCUUCAUCGUAUCCAAAUAUCCCAACCUCACCGUGCGAGUUGGGUACGACGACGGGAGUCAUUGAUGAAAAUCCAGUUUGAACUAUUCGCGAAGAUCGCCCAGCUUUCUGCUCGCGUCGGAGCUGCCAGUGCUGCUGGGCUUUCGCCUGCUGCUCCUGUUUACGCUUUCCCUCCUGUGAUUCCUGCUGCUGCUGCUCUCGCUGCGCCUGCUGCUUCGCAAGCACCUCGGCAUCGUGAAUCUUGACUGCGCAACAGACCAAGCAGGUCUGCACCAUGCUGUCGUCACGAGGCUUCCGAGCGAAGCAAGGCAGGGCCAGCUCGCGUGCGCAGGACUUGCAGAGCUGGCUGGCGGGCCGGCCGUGUGCCACCACGAGGAUGUCGAGAGGCAGGAGUGGGUGCCCGGAGUUUGGUGGCGGCGGGCCGGCCCUGCGCAGUGUCAUGUACCGCGCACUCUGCGCGAGCAGCUCCGUCUCGUUGAUAUAGCCCCUCUGAGAAAACAGCAGGAAGAGCUUGGAGAUGAGCUGAAUGUCCUUAGCGGCGUAUUGGAUAUGCUUCUUCCACAGCGGACGUUCGCUCCAUUUGUUAUGAGGAAAAAAUCCUAGAGUGGAUGCUGUCGUAAACGUCUCAUAAGUUCCAGUAGCCGGCAACUUACUGCUUUUGCCCUUCUCCUCGGAGCCGACAGCGCCAUGCUCAAGGGCACUUGCCCCGAGGCCAUUCAAUCGAUGGACCUUGGUGUACGAUGCGUCUUUAACUUCCCCUUCACU